GCUCUCGAGCAGCAGGAAGUGAGGCGGCGCAGCUCGCAGCUCGCAGCUCCAGCCCGGCAGCCAUGGCAGCCGACGAGAGGGAUUACAACCUGACGGAGGAGCAGAAGGCCAUCAAAGCCAAAUACCCCCCGCUCAAUAAGAAGUACGAAUAUUUGGAUCACACAGCAGAUGUGCAGCUACAUGCCUGGGGAGACACUUUGGAGGAAGCAUUUGAGCAGUGUGUGAUGGCCAUGUUUGGCUACAUGACUGACACAGAGACUGUGGAACCUGUGGAUACAGUAGAGGUAGAGGCAGAAGGACAUGACAUGUUGUCCCUUCUCUUCCACCUCUUGGAUGAAUGGCUGUAUAAGUUCAGUGCUAAUGAGUUCUUUAUACCCAGGGAGGUGAAAGUGCUUCACAUUGACCGAAUGCAGUUCAAAGUCAGAUCCAUUGGGUGGGGAGAAGAGUUCUCUUUAUCCAAACACCCUCAGGGCACAGAGGUCAAAGCCAUAACUUACUCAGCAAUGCAGAUCUGUGAGGAUGAAAAGCCAGAAGUCUUUGUCAUCAUUGAUAUCUAAAGCAAGAAAAGCAUGGUGGAGAGGACACUUGUCAGUGGUUUUCCCUGGAAAACUGUAAUCCCUGUGGAAGUAACUGAAGAAAUUGGCCAGCUGAGAUGAUAAAUGGAAGGGAGGGAUGGGUGGGAGUGUCAGCUUGUGCUUUGACUUGAGGAUGAGGAGACACAGAAAUCCCUGCAUGCCAGGAGGAAAAACAAAACAAGUUGGGUUU